ACCUUUGGCUUCCUUCCUAAAUGUACAACCUGUAACUUGAGAGAUCGUAGAUUGAUAGAACAACAACAACAACAAACCAACCCCUCAUUUAUAAAACCCUAAUCUCACCUUCUCUCUCUUCUCGCUCCGAUUGCCCCAUCGUCCCCCCAUCAAUCCCAUAAACCAGGGGACAUAUAACAGUUAUUUUUGCAUUGCUGGGAAGUGGGGAAGUGAAGAUGGUCAAGCUGACGAUGAUUGCUCGUGUUACUGAUGGUCUUCCACUAGCAGAGGGACUGGAUGAUGGCCGUGAUAUUAAGGAUUCAGAAUUCUACAAACAACAAGUCAAGGCUCUAUUCAAGAACUUGUCAAGAGGCCAAAAUGAGCCUUCAAGGAUGUCAGUCGAAAGUGGACCUUAUAUAUUCCAUUAUAUCAUUGAAGGACGUGUCUGUUACUUGACAAUGUGUGACCGAGCCUAUCCAAAGAAACUUGCCUUUCAGUAUCUUGAAGAUCUCAGGAAUGAAUUUGAGCGUGUUAAUGGAGCCCAGAUUGAAACUGCUGCAAGACCAUAUGCUUUCAUUAAAUUCGAUACAUUCAUACAGAAAACCAAGAAAUUGUACCAGGACACUCGUACUCAGCGGAAUAUUUCAAAGUUGAAUGAUGAACUCUAUGAAGUCCACCAAAUAAUGACUCGCAAUGUUCAGGAAGUUCUUGGCGUCGGUGAAAAGUUGGACCAGGUCAGUCAAAUGUCCAGUCGUUUAACAUCAGAGACUCGUGCCUAUGCUGAUAAGGCGAGAGACUUGAAUCGACAGGCUCUGAUCCGUAAGUGGGCUCCUGUUGCCAUUGUUCUUGGAGUUGUUUUCCUUGUUUUCUGGGUCAAAACGAAGCUGUGGUGAUCAGAUUCAACUUUUCUGAAACUUGUGGCAAUUGCAUGGGGAUCCUGUUCGUUGUUGUGACUGCUUCCAUCUGGUACAGUCAUGCAGACUUUUGGGGCUUCAGAUUGGCCCUUAUCCUCAAAUGAGAGAUUUAAAUGACGUUUCGGGGUUAUUUUUGUUGGUCAUGGAGUUCGAUGAAGAAAAUUAGUUCUGUAAGAACCUCUGCUAUUGGGGACAUACCCACUAUAUGGAAGAGACUCAGGAACAGAUCUAGGAGUCAAAUCUUAUCAUACAACUCGUAAAAGAGAAUAGUUUCUCAUUUAUAUAUACAUUGUCAAUUUUAUUCUCGGUUAUUCUGUCUACUAUUAUUUGUGAUGAUUAGUUGAUUACUAUAUGAGAGGACUUAUCAGGCUUUGUUCAA